AGCAACAGGUGAAGUAGGUGAAAAGCAAAGUCUAUCUUUCUCUCUCGCUGUCCCUUUGUCUCUCUGUCUCUCUCUCUCUCUCUCUGAGAUUACCAAAUUACCACGAUAAUCACUGCUGCUCUCUCUCUACCUAAUCCAUUAACAAAGACAACAAAUUCAAAGAGAGAAAAAAAAAUUUCGAGAAUGUAAAUCAUCUAGCCGAGAAAGAGCGAGAAAAUAAGCUAGAAAGUGAGAGAAAAUAUAUCACCAUUACUCUUUAUGCAUUUUAUUUAAAUAUAUUGACGGAGUGGUAGCAUCGGUUGGUGAUUCUUAUUUACAUCCAUCAAACCAAAAAGCAAACCCUAAGAGAGUUCCUCCCCCGGAUAUUAGCUGUCUCAACUUGUAGAUCUCACCGAGUAUUUUUUUCAAGUGUUACUCUCCGAUCUGCCGCGUGCCGCCGGAUUAACUCGAUGGAGGAGCUUGGGCCGAUUCACGGGGUCGAAAGGUGUAGCGGUUUCAACAAAUUUUCUCGGUUCGUCAGUUGCUUUUAAUGUUAGUUAUCUCCGCAAAUGUCGGCUUCAUUAGCAGCUUUUGAGCGGCCACGAGGUGGAGUUUCGAAUACGGUUUUCAAGAGUGGCCCGCUUUUCAUAUCCUCGAAAGGAAUAGGUUGGAAAUCGUGGAAGAAGCGUUGGUUUAUUCUGACACGCACUUCGUUGGUUUUCUUUAAAAAUGAUCCUAGUGCGCUACCGCAAAAAGGUGGUGAAGUUAAUCUUACUUUGGGUGGCAUUGACUUGAACAACUCUGGGAGCGUGGUUGUUAGAGAAGAUAAAAAAUUGUUGACUGUGUUGUUUCCUGAUGGACGUGAUGGGCGAGCUUUCACCCUUAAGGCUGAGACAUCAGAUGAUUUGUAUGAGUGGAAGACAGCCCUUGAACAUGCCCUUGCCCAAGCACCUAGUGCUGCUCUUGUCAUGGGCCACAAUGGGAUUUUUCGGAAUGAUACCAAUGAUGCAAUUGAAGGAUCUUUCCAUCACUGGAGGGAUAAGCGUCCUGUUAAAUCUUUGGUUGUUGGAAGACCAAUUUUGCUUGCUCUUGAAGAUAUUGACGGAGGUCCAUCAUUCCUUGAGAAAGCUCUUCGAUUUCUUGAGAAAUUUGGAACAAAGGUUGAAGGGAUUUUACGACAGUCGGCGGGUGUUGAGGAAGUUGAGCGCAGAGUUCAAGAAUAUGAGCAAGGCAAGAUUGAAUUUGAGUCUGAUGAGGAUGCUCAUGUUGUUGGAGAUUGUGUUAAGCAUGUUCUGAGGGAAUUACCCUCAUCUCCUGUACCAGCAUCCUGCUGCACUGCUCUGUUGGAGGCUUACAAAAUUGAUCGGAUGGAAGCUCGGAUAAGUGCAAUGCGCUCAGCAAUACUGGAAACAUUUCCUGAACCAAACAGGCGUUUGUUACAGAGAAUUCUGAAGAUGAUGCAUACUAUCUCAUCACAUGCUCAUGAAAAUCGAAUGACUCCAUCUGCUGUAGCUGUUUGCAUGGCACCUUUACUUUUACGCCCGCUGUUAGCUGGGGAAUGUGAAUUGGAAGAUGACUUUGAUGUUAAUGGAGACAAUUCUGCUCAGCUUCUUGCUGCUGCAAAUGCUGCUAAUAAUGCUCAAGCCAUUAUAACAAUUCUUUUGGAGGAGUAUGACAAUAUUUUCGAUGAUGAAAAUCUACAUAGAUGCUCUAUUUCAGCAGAUUCUCACAUUGAAAAUAGUGAGAGUGAAGAGUCAACUGAUGAUGAAAAUUUGGAUGUGAAAGACAAUGGCCUACAUGAUGCUGAAAUGUUUGUUCAGGCAUUUGGGAUUGAUGAUUCAGAUGUUGGAUCCAGAGACAAUCCUGCUCUUGCGGAGAGUUCAAACUUGUCUGUUGAUACUCUACAUGCUGCAGAUCCUAGUAUUCAGAUGAUGGAGCAGCAUGGCAAACAAAAGAAAGCAAAUGAAAAUUCAACUAACGACAUAGAAGUUUCAAAUGUCUUACCUGCUGGUGAGUCGUAUAGGUCAAUGGGGGAGAUUCUGUCAUCAAUGGAUCGUGGUAAUCCACCACCUGGAUCCAUAGUUGAAUCUUCUGCUGAGAAGCCAGCGGGUAAAGUCACAGGCUCCACUCUUAAUGUGAAGCGAUCAACAUUCUGGGGAAGAAGCAAUGCAAGGAAGACACCCUCACUUGACUCAAUUGAUUCUUCUGGGGAAGAAGAGCUUGCUAUACAGAGGCUUGAGAUUACAAAAAAUGACUUGCGACAUCGAAUUGCAAAGGAGGCUCGAGGAAAUGCAAUUCUGCAAGCUAGCUUGGAGAGAAGGAAGCAAGCAUUGCAUGAACGUCGUUUGGCACUUGAACAAGAUAUAUGUUUCGCUCUAUUUCUUCCUCUCUCUUGCCUUAUAAAUGUACUUGAUGUCUCCAGGAAGUUUCUUCAGCAAGACUUUGAUACAACUCUUGCUUUCUGUAAUAAUGAGAGGAAACAAAGAACUGAGGAGAAUUUGCUUGGGACAGAUUGGAGGAAUAUUAGAGGACAGGGAUUGGCAGCUGGCAGUAGUAGCAGGCAGCCGACUCGAAAGCAAUCUGCGGACCCAACAAGCUUGAGUGACGCUAAAAGCACGGAGGCAUCCGUAAGUAUGUAUAUGGAUGACCUCUGUGCUGCUGAAUCUGCUUCUGUUCCAUCCACUUCAAGAGCAGUAGAGAUGAGUGAUUAUCCAAGACACCAAUCAGCAGCAUCUUCUGCAUUGGUCGAGUUAACCACACGGCUGGAUUUCUUUAAGGAAAGACGUUCUCAGCUAAUGGAACAGCUCCACAACCUGGAUCUAAACUACGGAACAUCUUCACAAGAUUUCAUCUACAGACCGUCAUCUCCCCCAUGGAACUAAUCAAUGACAAUGCUCACAACUCAAGGAGAAGAAUGGCGGUGUUGUUCUUGUACAUUCAAGAAGAAUGUUGUUCUUGUGCAUAUAGUUGUAUUUCUUUAGCCCUUGUCACUCCCCAAUGUUUUUCCAUUUUAUUGAAUUUUCUCUUUUCUUUUCUUCUCUGUCUUUUCCUUAGUGAGAAUGUGAUUGAAUUCGCCAUGGUGGUGUGCCCUUCCUCCCUGACUCUGAUCCAUUUUUGUCACCGAACCUGUAAGCAAAGUGCUAUUAUUGUGUCUAUAGUAGUUGUUGGAUGGAGGUAUGUGUUGUACAAUCAUCUUUCGAGGGACAUAAUAACCUCAAUUCUUUCUGACGAGUCAAUCUUGUAAGUAAUUUGUGCUGGUCAGCUUGCAUGAACUUUUUGUAUCCAUUUGUUUGCCUGCUAAUAUUUCAACACAAAUCAGACAUGAGUUUAUGGGUUUUGUAAA